AUGGUCGUCGUCCCGAGCCGCCCACGACUACCCGGCAGAGCCGUCUCGGAUGUGCACCCACUUGUCAACGCCGAAGCUGUCGAGGACUCUUCGGAUCGAGACCUUGGAAGAGGUACCAAGCUUGCCAUUGGCGGAGGCAAGGUGACCUCUGGUGCCAAGCUGGCUCUCGGCGGCAGGUUGCCCAUGUCGCCCUUUUUGCCACUGCCUCCCGCACCCCCAGCAGAGGACCUCAAGCGACAGGCCAACGACGAGCAGUUGACGCCAAAAGGUCGCAAGGACGGCGGAGACGUUCACUUGAACAUUCACCUCGGCUUGCCCGCGGACUCGCACGCCUAUCGACGCGCCUCGAGCAACGGCACCGAGCAGCAGCAAACGCACGCCAGCCGCAAGGCAAGGCAAGAGCACAUUGCCAACUCCGCCCACAUGAUCCGGAGCUACUCGAUGCCCGUCGCCACCCAACGGGAAUUUGACGUACAGCGCCAGCGACAGUGGCAAGGUCGCGGCAACUUUGUUGCCCAGCACCAGUGGGCCGCCGGGUGGCCUGCUGCGGCUUCGCUGGCCGAGUCCAACAGCAUGGAACGUAGCUGCACCUCAGCCCCUUCGAUGCAACAGUCGAGCAUCCGGCAGCAGCGACAAGCUCACGGUGGCAGCCCUCGCGUGCAGCCUCGGUCUCCUCGGGCUCCUCUCAGCAGCCUCGAUCUCAACCCCCCGUCAUCGCCCUCGCGCUCUUCCUCGUCUUCUUCGAUGCGAUUCUCUGACGAUGACGAGCUCGACUACUUUUCGCAGAGGGACCGCGAGUCGAGUAUCUCAGACGAAGCCGAGGCGCUCACGCCCAGGGCUCUCACGCCGGAGCAGCCUUCGGUCACCGACGGCAAGACUUCCAACCGCAUUUCGAUCACCGAAGUGGAAGAGAUCAGCUUCGACAUUCACCCCAGUCACCUCCAGCCUCCCGCACCUUUUGCCCUUUGA